AUGGAGGCUCCGGCGCAAGAACAAGGUCAAUCCCUACUUCGGAUAACCGGUCCGUCGCAAGAUCAAGAACCCAGAAGGCAACCGAAGACGCCAGCGCAAAAGGCGGUGCGGAAGACCUUCAAGCUAACCGCGCACUUGGCGAACCUCCUCCCCACGGGGACGGUCCUUGCAUUCCAAGUCGUGUCCCCGGUCUUGACCCACCAGGGCAAAUGCCCCACCUCUUUAAACCACACCCUAACCCUAGCCCUCCUCGCCCUCUGUGCCGCCUCCUGCUUCUUCCUCUCCUUCACCGACAGCAUCCGGGACGAGCGUGGCAAGGUCCGGCACGGGAUCGCGACAUUCAAGGGCCUGUUAGUCCUCGACGCGUCGGUGCGGCUCUCGCCCGAGGAGGCAGACAGGUACAGGAUAAGGCUCCUGGACUUGUUGCAUGGGGUCAUGUCGGUGCUGGUCUUCGCGGCGAUUGCGCUGUUCGACCCCAACGUGGUCAGGUGCUUCUAUCCCUCGCCGUCGGAGGAGGCCCGACGGCUCCUCAUGGCGGUGCCGAUCGGGGUAGGGGUGGCGUGUAGCUUGGUUUUCCUCGCGUUCCCGACCAAGCGGCAUGGCAUCGGAUUCCCUCUCACUCGAUGUUGA